CUUGUGUUCACUCAUUUAUAAAUAUCCUCGCUGUAUGGGUUUUGUCGCGAAUAAGCAACGAUCUCGCGUAGUGUAGAAAUAAUGACUUUUUUCUUGUUAUUAUUGACAGAGACAUAACCUGAUUGAAAAGUCAGUUUUCAGCAAAUGAAUGCAGCAGCAGAUAUUAAUAACUAAUAAUGUCAUAUAUACGGAAAAGGACCAACUAUUUAAAUACCAGAGACAUGCAGGUGUGGCAGCUGAUCACCAUUGGUGUUAUGGUGCAUCUCAUCCUGUUCUAUUCAAUUUUUGAUAUCUACUUCACAUCUCCUUUGGUUCACGGAAUGGAACGAUUUGCACCAGAGUCGCCUCCUCCUGCCAAGAGACUGGUGCUGUUCUCAGCUGAUGGUCUUCGUGCUGACAAACUGUUUGGACUUGGCACCGGUGGAAAAACACACGCUCCAUACUUGAGGAAUAUUCUCACAACAAAUGGAUCCUGGGGUGUUUCCCAUACUCGUGUACCCACAGAGUCAAGACCAGGUCACGUUGCCAUGAUCGCAGGCUUUUACGAGGAUGUCAGCGCUGUUGCCAAAGGCUGGAAGGAAAAUCCUGUAGAGUUUGAUUCUGUGUUUAAUGAAAGUCGUGCCACCUGGUCUUGGGGGAGUCCAGAUAUUCUGCCAAUGUUUGCCAAAGGAGCAAGUGGUGACCAUGUGUUUACGGACAGCUACACGUCUGCUGAGGAAGAUUUUGCUUCAGCAAAUGCCGCCCGUCUUGAUAUUUGGGUUUUUGACAAGGUCACGGAAUUUUUAGCUGCAGCUAGAGGAAAUGCUACUUUGUAUGAGAAGCUGCAUCAAGAUAAAAUUGUAUUUUUUCUUCACCUGCUUGGACUGGACACAAAUGGUCAUUCACACAAACCUUACUCGAGCAUUUACAUGAGAAGUAUAGAAAUUGUAGACGAGGGUAUAAAGAAUAUGGUCUCUUUGUUUGAAGAGUUCUACCAGCAUGACGAGAAGACGGCGUAUGUCAUGUCGGCUGACCAUGGGAUGACAGACUGGGGUUCACACGGCUCUGGUGAUCCACAAGAGACACUGACUCCCCUGGUGGCCUGGGGUGCAGGAAUACGAAAAGCAGCUCCUCACGACAGUUGUGGUGAUCAUGCAGACAACUUUUGUUCAGAAUGGCAGUUGUCACAUGUUAAAAGAAAUGAUGUGUCGCAGGCGGACGUUGCACCACUCAUGUCUUAUCUGAUAGGUACUGCAUUCCCAAAAAAUUCUCUUGGUGUUCUUCCGCUGUCCUAUCUGGGUGUCUCUGACUGGCAUAAAGCAGAAGGACUGUUUGCUAAUGCCCAGCAAAUAGCUGCCCAGUACCAGGUGAAAAUGACACAGAUUAAAGAUACAACAUUCUCUCUAACAUUUCGACCUUUCAAAGAUUUGUCACCUUCUGAUGAGGUGGGCUUUGUUCGUCAUAUAAGGAAACUCAUUCAGACUGGGAAUUACAAGCAGGCUAUAACAGAAAGCCAGAAUUUCAUUGAAAAGUCUUUGAGAGGAUUGAAUUACUACCAGACAUAUGACAGACUCUUUUUAGGGUUGAGUAUUGUGUGCGGUUUCCUCUGCUGGAUGUGCUAUGUCGUACAUCUGGUUUUGAGAGAACAUUCGGGCCUCGUGUUGAAAUCACAGAAGUACAGCAGCUCUUUACAACAACACCUGCAGGUUAAUGGUGUGGCAGGUGUAAUAGUCUGUCUCAUGCUGCUGGUCCAGUCUUCACCACUAACGUAUUACGUCUACUCUCUGAUGUCGGUCUUCAUGGUAACAGCUGUCUAUAACUGUCUUCAUAUAUACAUCAUCUGCCUGAAGGCUGCCUCAGAGAAACGGAUGAUUUUCCAAAUCACAGGAUACCUCGUUCUUUGUUUUUUAGGUCUUGAACUCGCUGUUCUUAGUUUUUUUUACCGACAGAUUUUGUCGGUUGGGCUGAUAUGUGUGGCUUUCUGGUCCUUUGUCUCCAAAGAUUCACAAAAAUCAAAGUUUAUCUCGUUUGGCUGGUUGUUUAGCUGUCUGCUGCUGGCUGUUUUCCCUCUGCUUCCUGUUGUGGGUCGGAAUGCUAACUACAAUCUUGUACUGGUUUCGGGAAUUGCAGCAGUCUUCUUUGGGUGUGCUGUAGCAAUAUGGUUUGGCUUGUUGCAAGCAAAGCCUGGAGUAAGUCAGCUAGUUAUAUGUCUGCAGCUUGUAUCCAUAUUGUUGGCAACAUACAUAGUGUGGAGCACGUCCCAUGCCGUUCAGCACUAUCGGCCUGUUCCAGCUGUCAAUCACACACUCAGCUGGAUUAUAUUAGUUGUGAGUCCUGUUUUACCACUGCUGAUGAAGACGAGUGUGAAAGAACGGCUGUUUAGUUUAGCCUUGGCCUUCAUGUCUCCAUUUCUACUGAUGAGUAUAACAUAUGAAGGUCUGUUUGUCCUGUCAUUGCUGACGCUGUUGUUUUUUUGGAUCAGGAUGGAAGAGAUGAUGUCAAGUACUUUCUCUAAAAAGGAACUUGUCAACAUAAAUUUUGUUCCAAGUGGCCCGCACCUUUCUGGCAAGAAAAUUUUAGGGGAUGCAACUCCGAUGAGAUGGUUGGAGCUUGACGAUUUAAGGAGAGCAUUCUUUUAUGUCUUUCUAAUACUGACUGCAUUCUUUGGAAUGGGUAACAUCGCUAGUAUAAACAGUUUUGAUCCAGCCUCCGUGUACUGUUUCGUCACAGUGUUCAGCCCUUUCAUGAUGGGAACGCUGAUGAUUCUUAGGAAUCUGAUCCCAUUUCUACUGGUGACGUGUGCAUUGCGAGCCAUCCAUGUUGUGACCGACAUUCCAAUCCGAGCUCUCUUCCUCUUGGUCAUGGUGAUGACCGACUUUAUGGGAUUGCAUUUUUUUUUCCUUGUCAAAGAUUAUGGUAGUUGGUUGGACAUUGGUACCAGCAUCAGUCACUAUGUGAUCGCCAUGGUAAUGAACAUCACCUUGAUGCUGAUCAUGGGGUUGUCACACGUUCUUACCUGCAGUAGACUGACACUGAGUUGGAACAAAGAUCAACAAGGAUAAUCAUUGUUAUGUUUUUAUUUAUCUUUGCCUGUGCAUGAUCCUAACAUCUUGUGUCCAGUGAAAUGUGUUGAACCAGGGAACAUUUUGUUUUCAAAAUCUUCAUUAGCAAUAUUUCAAGUCAAUAAAACUUAUAUUAGCAACUGCUGUUUAAUGUUUUAAAAUUGCGUACCAAUCUCUGAAACUUGCGUAGCAAAUUGUGAUACGAUACUGAACAAAAUGUUCCAUAUGAACAAGAGAAAAUAAAAAUGAUUUUUGUUGUCAUUUUCAUGAAAUACAAGCCAACUUACGAUGGCCAUAGUCAGUUUCUGCCUAUGUCAUAGCAGUAAGUUUUUGUUUGUUAAAGUUACCGCAUAAAUUUACGAGUGAUUAUACAUGGUUAUUGUACACUUACAAUGUUUUUAUUGACAGUUGGUUGUCCUGAGUGCAAAAGCUCAAGGAUCUAUCUGGUGUUAAUCAAAACAGAGACAUUUUUUAAUAACCACGCGAAUCAUGAGUAAAUAUAUGUGGUAACUGACGUAUACUCUGCCCCAAUGUAAAGUUGCAUGAUGUAUUAAGGUGUCUGGCUCAGUGAAAGGUGGGGGUUACAAAGUGUGCAGUUAUACAGAGUUAUUGCACACUUUUGUUAAUGGAGAAAACAAGGUAAAUGUGAUACAAUCAAAGUUAAAAGUUUGUUUUGUUUAACAACACCACUAGAGCACAUUUAUUUAUUAAUCAUCGGCUAUUGGAUGUCAAACAUUUGGUCAUUCUAACCUAGUCUUAGUAAAUCUGCUACAUUU